CGACUCCCUUCAGACCGCCUCUCGAAUUUCCCUCGUUUUCAAACCCACCGACGUCGAUUGCAACUCCCAGCCCCAACAACACAACAACCUAACCGACGCUUUUUCCCCCAACCAAAAUUAAAAGUCCACUUCUCCUUCCUCUUGACUCCGACCCGAAACAUAUCACCCAUGGCCGUGGUCACCGCGAGCCCGGAGAGGAUCGAAGCUCCUCCACAGAACCCGAUCAAGGAGCCCUCGCCGUCGUCCACGCCGUCCAGACUCUCUACCGCCGACGCCCCCUCCGAAGCUGAAGGCUCGUCUUCGCCGCUUUUCUCUUGCUCGGCUGUCACACCCGAUUGCAGCGAGACUUGCAAUUCAUCUCCCACCGCCGAUCAGUCUGCAGCAUCACUGAAGAGUGAAGAGUAUCGCCAGUUGUUUCGCCUUCCGCCUGAUGAAGCCCUCAUCGAAGAUUUCAACUGUGCAUUCCAGGAGAACAUACUUAUUCAGGGUCAUAUGUACCUGUUUGUUCAUUAUAUUUGCUUUUACUCGAAUAUUUUUGGAUUUGAGACAAAGAAAAUAAUCCCAUUGCAAGAAGUCACAAGUGUACGAAGAGCAAAGACAGCAGGGAUCUUCCCUAAUGCCAUAGAAAUUUUUGCUGGAAGCAAGAAGUACUUCUUUGCAUCCUUUCUGUCACGUGACGAAGCAUUUAAGAUAAUAAAUGAUGGAUGGUCGCAAUAUGUUGAUGGUGCCAAAGAGAUUACAGAACAGGACAUGUUAUCUGAGACUGGCAGUCAAGAGAAUGGAGCUGGAAUUGAAAGGGUGGAAAGCUCCCAGUGCUUAGUUGAUGAAUUGGAUUCCACUGACAGGAACGAGGAUAUUGUUUCACAAGACUCUAAGCUUGCCUCCAAUGUUGUAGACGACUCUGUGUUGACAUCAAUUCCAGAGCAAUACGAUACUGUAGAAGAGGAUUUAGAACCAGCUCGGAAUAAUGACCCUUCAUGUUCGAAAGAUACUUUGAUCUGGAAAGAGGAAAGCUCUGAUGCUCCAAACGUUCCGGAGUGCUAUACAAAGGUUGCAGAUUCCGUGCAGAUAAAGGUUGAAGAUUUCUUUAGUUUAUUUUUCUCCGACGAUGUGUUCACAGAAUCAUUUCAUAGAAGUUGUGGAGAUAAAGAGUUGAAGUGUACUCCAUGGAAACCUCAUGAGUUUGGCCAUUCCCGUGAUGUUUCUUUUCAGCACCCUAUAAAAAUUUAUUUUGGUGCAAAAUUUGGCAGCUGCCAGGAGCUCCAGAAAUUUCGAGUUCACAGAAACAGCCACUUAGUUAUUGAGACAUCACAAGAAAUCAAUGAUGUGCCUUAUGGAGAUUAUUUCCGUGUUGAGGGAUUUUGGGACAUUGAGAGAGAUCCUGAUGGAUCAAAGGAAUGCUGCAAUUUGAAGAUUUAUAUUAACGUGGCAUUUUCAAAGAGAACUGUUUGGAAAGGCAAAAUAGUGCAGUCUACCAUGGAAGAAUGUCGAGAAGUUUUUGAAACCUGGAUAAACAUGGCACAUGAAUUGUUGAAGAGGAAGAAUCUUGAAAAACAAGAAGAGAGGAUUCCUGCAGUUAGCAUGGUUCAGAAAUGUGAAGUUCAUACUCAAAUUGAAGCAGAGAUGUGUGUACCUACAGAAAGGUUUUACGAGCCCAGUGAACACGCUAGGGUACAACACUUGUCUAAAUCCAUGGAUGCGACCCAGCAAGUUGGGAGAGAAUCUAUGCUGAAAUUCCACGCCUCUUUGAGAACUCAAAGCCAGCUUCCGUUGAUCAUAGUCAUCGUGUUUGUUGUGAUUUUCAUCAUGCAGUUGAGCAUACUUGCGCUAUUAGCCAGACCCCAACACAUCCAUGUGAACUCACCUGUGGACUACGGGAGUGGCUUGGGUAGUCAAGUAGGUGAAAGAUCAUCUGAGGUUGUCACUUGGUUGGAGAAGCGAAUCCACCACCUCAAAGACGAAAUGCACUUGGUUGAGACUCGGCUUGAGAGUAUGCGGCAUAAACAUACUCUGUUAAAAGAUCAACUGGAGGACAUUACUAAGCGCAGGUAACUUCCAAUUGUAUAUCCUUCUCAUUCUUCCAGUGGUUACAAAAUGUAUGUUGCUCGUUUCUUUCUUUGGGCUACAAAAUUGUAUGUUGUUCCAUUCUGAAGAAAAUCCAUAAACUUGUAGAGAAAAUUGUUGAUUGAAAUUUAUAGUUUGUCAUUCCUCUUGAGAAUGGUGAAUCACGGCUUGUUAGAAUGCUCUCAUUUGAUUUCAAGCGAUCAAUUAAACAGCUUUGAGUAAUUAUGUAUAAUAUGAAAAAGCACUAGUUUCUCUUUUCA